AUUUUCUAAUUAACUAUAUAAAUCUUUGUUGAAAAAGUUUCAAGAUUAAUUGUCACAAUUAAACAACUCAUUAAUACAUUAAAACUCAUUAAAGAGAAUAACCCAUUAAAACAACGUGAUAAUAAUAAUGACUGACUUUACGGGCACGUACAAAGUUGUUUCAGCCGAUAAUUUUGAUGCUUUUCUUAAGGAGCUAGGCGCCAACGAUGACAUGGUAGCCAAGUUAGACCCGUCGACUGGCCAAUUGACCAUCAAGAAAAAUGGCCCUGUUUAUACGCUUAUUCAGACAUCAGCCAUGUUUGACCGUGAAGUCCAGUUUGAGCUUGGUAAAGAGUACGAGGACAAGCACCUCGAUGGCUCACCUGUUAAGGGUUUGGUGAUCGCUGAUGGUAACAAAUUAAUUCAAACCGCUUGUAUCGAUGGCAAAGAGCUAGAAGUUGUCCGCGAGUUAAAUGGCGAUGAGCUCAUCGUUACGGCCAGUUUUAAUGGAGCCGUAGCUAAUGGUGUCUAUCAGCGAGUGUAGACUGUAUUGCCAUUUAAUAUACACGCAUAAACUUAUUAUAUUAGCUUUUGCACCG